AUGAAUGCUCAAGAUGACGGAAUGGGGGAGAUGAUCGAGUUUUUGGAGGACAAACUUUAUUACACGUCCCUGUCAGAACCGCCGAGAGAGGCCUUGUAUCCUCACAUGCACUUCUUUACGAUUGACAAUGUGCUUCUAUACAACCCUUUUUUCCAUGAUUUUGGACCACUAAACGUGAGUCACUUGAUUCGGUUUGCAGUCAUUGUACAUGGGAUCAUGAGCCGUUACCGGCAGGCAAAAAAAAACAAGGCAAUUGUGCUUUACUCGAGCACAGACUCUCGGUCACGGUCAAAUGCUGCGUGUUUGCUCGCUUGUUAUAUGGUUCUCGUUCAAAACUGGCCGCCUCAUUUGGCGCUGGCACCGUUGGCACAGGCAGAACCGCCGUUUCUGCCGUUUCGAGACGCAGGCUACGCCAUGGCAGACUACAGUAUCACCAUUCAGGAUUGUGUGUACGGAGUCUGGCGUGCUCGUGAAUGUGCUAUCCUGAACAUACGGAAUAUAGACGUACAAGACUACGAGACACAUGAACGUGUGGAGAAUGGUGACUUCAACUGGAUCACACCAAAGUUCAUUGCAUUCGCCAGUCCCAUUCAGGCUGGCUGGGGACACAAUGGGACGCAGGCGAAGAAGCUUCCGCAGUCGUUUGCCAUUGUGUUAGACUAUUUCACCAAAAACAACGUCCGUCUCGUGGUCCGUCUAAACGGCCCCUUGUACGACAAGCGCGAGUUUGAGCGCUGUGAUAUCCAGCAUCGGGACAUGUAUUUUGAGGACGGCACAGUGCCCGACCUGUCGAUGGUCAAAGAGUUUAUCGAUCUUACCGAGUCUGUCGAGCCCGACGGAGUCAUUGCCGUUCACUGCAAAGCUGGUCUUGGCAGAACGGGGUGCCUGAUUGGAGCCUAUCUCAUGUACAAAUACCCCUUCACUGCUAACGAAGUGAUUGCCUUUAUGCGCAUUAUGCGUCCCGGAAUGGUCGUCGGUCCACAGCAGCAUUGGCUGCACAUCAAUCAGGCGCAUUUUCGAGCUUACUACUUCGAGAAACUUAUGGCCGAGGCAACUACGAAAGCUGCUGCUGCUAUGGCGGCAACUGCAACUCCUCCUCGUUUGCCUCUCGAAGAAAUGGCUCGGCAAGCAGAAAACAUGAAGAACACACCGUUACCUGCACCGACUCCUGGACAGCCACGAAAGACCACAACUAUUUCUCGACAGUCGCCGCUUCGUCGUCGCUCGACCGGUGUGGGAAGCCUGGUUGACAGACUGAAAGACGCUGCAAAGGAGCAAAAUGCCGAGCAACAGAGACAGCAAAAGCAACAGUCCAUAGCUGCUGCUUCUGCUCAUGCUGCUGACUCCAUAGAGCAGCAGGUGGAAGAGAUUCUUGAAAAGAGUACUCCUCCCAAGGCGUCGUCAAGUGGCGCAAAGGGUGUACGUUCCAGCACAGACGGCAUCUCUGUUGUUCGUAUACGGCGGUCUUCCUUGACUGCUGCCUCGAGCGAUAAUCGUCGUCAUCCCUCAACCCUUGCUUCUCCUCGAAAAGUCAGUCUGGGCAAACGUUCAGGGCCCGCAACGAGUUCUGGCAGACGGGUGAGCCAGCGAAGCUCAAGCAUGUCCUCGUUGAACAGCACUUCCGAAGGCCGUGUUGUAAAACCAAGGUCCCCUAGAAACCGUUUGGUCUCAUAA